GGGCUCAGUGCAUGCAGAGAAUAGGAGGAGCAUCAGCAGCAUUACAGACUGCAGCAAACACAUCUCAUGCAAAAGACAGAGGAGCAGAGAGGAGAAAAGAGAAGAGAAAGAGGAUUGAGAGAAGACUGUGGUGCUUGAGGAAGAAAAGAUAUAAACUGACAAUCAAAUACAUCAGGAGUUACACAAGCAGCAUGUCUCGGUCACCAGGAAGAAAGCAAGAGAACCACAAAAUAAGCAGAGAACUUUUUGUACUCACAUAUGGGGCCUUGGUAGCCCAGCUGUGCAAGGAGUAUGAGAAAGAUGAAGAUGUCAAUGCCUGUUUAGAUAGAAUGGGAUACAGCAUUGGCAUAAGGCUGAUUGAUGACUUUCUGGCUCGUUCAGCUGUGAAAAAGUGCCGUAGUUACUCUGAAACAGCAGACAUGAUUGCACAGGUUGCUUUCAAGAUGUAUCUUGGGGUGACCCCUAGUGUGAGCUGCAAUAGUGUCACAGGGAAUGAAUUCUCCUUAAUCCUGGACAAAAACCCACUGGUGGAUUUUGUGGAGGAGCUGCCAGCGGAACGAGCGUCACUCUGCUAUUGUAACCUCCUCUGUGGGGUGAUUCGAGGGGCCUUGGAAAUGGUUCACUUAGCAGCAGAAGUGUCCUUCCUCCAGGACAGGCUGAAGGGGGAUGCUGUGACAGAAAUAGGAAUCACAUUUUUAAGGAAGCCUGAAGACAGAAGGCACAGAAGGAACAAAUGAAAGAAAUAUUGGGAGAAACCCUUGCCUGGGGAUAUUUUGUGUCUUUUGGUUUAGAAGAAGACAGGGUAAAAGUGGCUUUGCUGAGUCAGCUGCACCAGUCAGCUGCUUGAAAGGUGAAGAAAGCAGGGCAGCAAAUAGGAGAGGCAGGGCAGGAGAGAGCAAUGUUAAUUGUUGUGGCACAGAUAUCAGUAAAAAGGAAUGAAAUUAUCUGCCCUUCCCUCUCACAUACCCAGGCUCUUGAGCUUGAUGGAAGUUUUAUCUCAGUAUUUAGUGUGUGCUAAAUAUUUGUCCGUAUACCAAUUGUUUUCAGGUAAAGCUGAUAACCUUUUCCCAUUUUGUCAGUAAUAUUUCAGAGCAUGUCUGCUAGAGGUGCUUUCUUUCCCUGGCUGUGUGUGGUUAUCCACAAAGGAUUCCUCUGCUGCCAUUGCUGUAUGCAGUGUCUCACUCACAGGUGCAUGUUUUGAUGUGUGAUACUUUGCCAUUCAUUGUCCUCCACACUGGACAUCCUGCUGUCUUUGAAAUCAGGGAGGUAUGGGUCUUCAUUGCCUCUGGUGGUGUUCUUUCCAGCUCUUCAGGUCCCACAUGCAGUUUUGCUGGCACUUCUGCUCAGUCCUGUGCACACUCCAGGCUGCAGCACUCUGACAACUGCAGCGGUGCUUGUCUCACCAAGCUAUGGGCAUUUCCACAUCGGCCUUCUCUCCAAGAGCACUGAUCUUGUGACCAAAAUGAACAAAGCAUGAUGUAUUUAAUGUGUAGCUAUUGUGGACCUGUACCUGUCUAAGGAAACUUGAAAUAAAAUUCUGAGAU